CGCGAGAACUAUGUAUACAUAUUAUCGGGUUAUAUGAAUCUUGUUUGUCGUCUAUUUGUGAGCUUUACCGUGAGAAAUUUCAAAACCCAAGCUGAGUAUUGUGUAUCCCUCAAGAUCCCGUUAUAUGUAUUUUUCUAGGUCACGCACUGCGUUUAACAAAACAACAUAUUUUUGGCCGCUGCGUCGCCACUAUGUCUGACAACGAGAAAAAGCCUUUUGAAAGACUGCCGAAAACAGUUAAACCAGAACACUAUGUGUUAUAUCUCAAACCCGACCUGAAUAACUUUACCUUCGACGGCGAGACUGAAAUCCACGUUAAGGUUUUGACAGCUACAACAGAAAUCGUAGUAAAUGCGAUGGAACUGAACCUCAAGUCGGUGGCAUUCACCCCCAAAGGUGGGAUAGCGACCCCCGCCAAGGUCACGCUGUGUGUCGAGGAGGAGACGGCUAUCCUGUCGUUUGCAACGCCUAUAGAACCCUGCUUGGGCAAGCUGUUUUUCUCUUUUUCUGGAGAGCUCCACGAUAAUAUGAGGGGCUUCUAUCGCAGCAAAUACACCAGGUGCGAAAAUUUAAAGCAUACCUCAGCAGCAGUGACGUUCUUGUGCCCAACAAGUGCUCGUCGGAUGUUCCCUUGCUUUGACGAACCCUCCACUAAAGCCACCUUCUCCAUUUCGGUUUUGUCUGACGCUCCGACAAUCCUAUCAAAUAUGCCAGUCGCGUCCGAAGAGGUGCGGGGAAAUGAGCGUCUGUUGAAGUUUGAAAGGACGCCCAUAAUGUCCACGUACCUGGUGGCUGUAGUCGUUGGCGACUUCGAUUUCAUUGAGGAUACAACAAGAGACGGAAUCAAAGUUCGAGUGUACACGCCCGUCGGCAAGAAAGAGCAAGGGAAGUUCGCUCUGCAAGUGGCCACCGAAGUGCUGCCAUACUACACAGACUACUUCGAAGUCAAAUACCCCCUGCCUAAAAUCGACCUGGUUGCCAUUCCAGACUUCGCUGCUGGUGCCAUGGAGAAUUGGGGACUGGUCACGUACAGGGAAUUAUGCCUGCUUGUAGAUCCUGACAACACAACUACAGACCGUAAACAGAAAAUUGCUCACACGGUCGGACAUGAGCUUGCUCACCAGUGGUUCGGCAACCUUGUCACUAUGGAAUGGUGGACUCACCUGUGGCUGAAUGAAGGAUAUGCCACUUUUGUGGAAUCUAUGUGUGUGAACGACAUGUUUCCGGAAUAUGAGAUCUUGAAUCAGUUUGUCACAAAAUCAGUCAUUGUCGGACUCCAGGACGAUGCUUUAAGGAACUCGCAUGCUAUCGAAGUUCCAAUCUGCCAUCCUUCUGAGAUUGAUGAAAUCUUUGAUGAUAUCUCAUACAACAAGGGUGCCUCUAUACUUCGCAUGUUGCACAAAUUCAUCGGGGACGAGGCCUUCAGAAAGGGAAUGAAAUCGUACUUAACCAAACACGAGUAUGGAAAUGCUGAGACUGAAGAUCUCUGGGCUGCCUUACAGGACUCCAGCGAAAAGCCAGUGAAGGAAGUUAUGUCAACAUGGACUAACAAAAUGGGCUUCCCUCUUAUUACAGUUUCGUCAAAGCAGAUUGGCAACUCCAGGGAACUGACCCUGUCGCAAAAGCGGUUCUGCGCAAGUGCGGAUAUGAAAGACGACCCAUCCAUGUGGAUGGUGCCAAUUUCAUUGAGCACCUCAGCAGACCCAACGAAAGAUUCGCAUAAUUUUGUGCUCAGUGGCCCGACUCAGAUCGUAACGAUCGACAACAUCAAUGAUGGCGACUUUGUCAAGGUCAACACGGGAACGUUUGGAUUCUACCGCACAUUCUACCCUAUCGAAAUCAUCAAUCAGAUGAUUCCCGCUAUCACGUCGAAGCAGCUGCCUCCUCUGGACCGUCUUGGCAUACUGGACGACGUCUUCUCUCUGGUGCAGGCUGGACACAUGGCCUCGACCGAAGGCCUUAAGCUGAUGAGCACGUACGCUGAAUACGAGGACGACUGUACAGUCUGGAAAAACUUGUGCAGCUGGAUAACCAAACUGAACUCUCUGUUCAACUACGCUGACGAAUGCAAAAUGCCAUUCUUAGCUUACGCCAGAAGCAUACUACGCAAAAUAUCGGAGAAACUUGGCUGGGAUGCAAUUGAAAAUGAGAGCCACAUGGACACUCUGCUGAGAGCCCGCAUUAUUGAAGCUCUUGUAGAAUGUGAGGAUGAAAAAACAAUCAAAGAGGCCAAGACUAGAUUUGAAGCGCAUCGCAAUGGAACGAAAAUUUUGCCCGCUGACCUAAGACUUCCAGUUUAUAGGGCUGUCUUCAUUGAUGCAGAUGCCUCCUUAUUUGAGGAAAUUGUCAAAAUGCACCGCAGUGCCGAUCUGCACGAGGAGAAGCACAGGAUUUCCUUUGCGAUGGGAUACAUGAAGGACCCAGAGUUGCUCCAAAAAGCUCUUGAUUUUGCUAUGUCUGACGAUGUGAGGAAGCAAGACACUAUUUAUGUCAUCAGCUUUAUUGCAUUUUCCAAAGAAGGCCUAAAUCUUACUUGGGCUUAUCUUACCAAGCAUUGGCAAAUGUUCCUGGACAAAUUUGGGGGUGUAUGGUUGAUCACAAUGCUGGUUAGAAAAGUGACAGAGAAAUUCGCCUCGGUGGAAGCAGCUGAUGAGGCGGAUAAAUUUUUCGCUGAUAAACCAAUCAGCGGCGUCAAGCGCAACAUUCGGAUGGGUUUGGAGACCGCCCGUCUGAACGCCGCAUGGCUGAGCAGGGACCGUGCCAUGAUUGCUGAAUGGCUGAGCGAGGAACUUGCUAGGAUUGCCAACCGUGCCACCAACAAAAUGUAGUUAACGCGACCGUAUGUGCAGUCUCGUGUGGCGACGAUACCAAAAAUUUCAAAUUUGAAGAACCAACUAUAAAACCAUUACAGUAAGACAUUUUUUGAUUGUCAUUUAGCGUCGAGACAUAAUCACUCAGCUUUUCAAUGCCAAACCUAAGCAUGUUGUGUUUGGCAGCAGCGCAACCUUUUUUGGUAUAUUUCUUUAUAAAAAUAUGUAUAUAUUUUAGAUUUAAAGUUUUUACGAUUAACUCAAGUCGAUUAAUUUUGUUCAUAUUUUAUGAUGUAUUCACCGCGGCGCCCAAUCUUUUCUUAGUUCAAUUUUGAUUAUGUCGUCAAACAUACAAAUAAAACAAGUUAAACCACUACAAAAA